AUGAGGCAGAAAAAGAAAUUUAAUGGUGGCAGACAUGCCCAAGGAAUAUUGCAGAGAUUUGAUCCUUUCAUGAAAUUUGUGAUAGAUGAAUGUGUGGAGAUGGCAACUAGUGGGACACAGAACAGUAUUGGAAUGGUGGUAAUACGAAGAAGUAUCAUCAUGUCAGAAGCCUUGGGACCAGUAUGAAGAAUGGUUGUGUUCACCAGAGAAAUUGAUUGUUUUCUCAUGUCCUC